AUGAGACCGCUCUUCUCGCUACCGGCCGAGCUCUACAACCAAAUCGUCCGUGACCUGGACUAUCAAGACGUGCUUGCUUUCCGCUUGACAUGCCGCUCCGCGAUCGGCGUCGUCCCCUUCACGAGACUCAAGGUCUUACACCGGACCACCAAACAAAAGCUUCUUGAGGAUGAGAAAGUGGAGCUGGACUCGCGAGAAGCCCGGUACGAAAUCAUGGAGCAAUGGGCACUUGCGUUUCCGCACGCAGGUCGAAACUGGAAAUCUCACGACACCACGGCAAAUAUCCACAUGAACAGAAUCAUGAGAGCUUCAUAUCUCAAUUGCUAUGCGUGCCUCCAGAGCCUCCCGCUCGAGUGUUUCACUCGGACGCAAACCAUGGGGAAGAGAAGCCUCGGCCACAGAGAUUGCGGGCGCCGGUUUUGCAAAGCUUGCGGCGUGAAGAGAGGCAUCUGGGAGAAAGGCACCAGCAUCAGAGAUGGCAAGCGUGUGUGGAUCGUCUGCGGAGGAUGCAGCGCCCUCAGGGAGGCCGAUCCCAAUUACAAGCGCGACGGUAACCUGUUCAAAGCCAAUCGGUACUUCCGACCAGGACAGACCUUAUUCGCAACGGCAUGUCGAGUACCCGUGCAACUCGAUGUUUGCGGUGCUGGUCCAUAA